AUAGCAUUUACAUUAUUUGCUGCUCUUUACUUUGGAAUGUCGAAUAGAUCUUUCGUGUUUGGCAUUGAAAGACUACCUAAUAUUGUAUUAUUAGUYGUGGAUAAUAUAGGGUUGUCAGAUUUAGGCUGGUUUGGCAAURCUAGUGUAGAGACACCAAACCUUGACAGACUUGCUUCUGAUGGAGUGAAAUUUACACGAUGGUACUCUCAAUCAACGAGUACCUCGUCAAGAGCUUCAAUUCUAACUGGUACCUUACCAAUAAGAACAGGAAUUAUAAAAAGUCGAUAUUUACCUUAUAAAACAAUUCCUUCACUCGCUUCGACUGGUGGACUACGUCAAGACCAUGUCACAUUGGGUAAGGUGAUGAAGAACAUGGACUACUCAACGGCGUWYGUUGGGCACUGGGGUCUUGGCGUAGGACGAAAGGGAGCAUUUUUACCUCCACGCCAGGGUUUUGAUCGUUGGUACGGGGUCCCAGCGUUACACAACAGCUACUGUCUUGUUAAAUUCAACCAAACUGAGCAAGCACUUCGUGCUAGUCAUGAAUAUCCUAAUGAAGAACGUUCGGUUGAGUAUUUAUUAAUUGUGUUCAUGUUUACUAUGAUGAUUGGGUUAUUAGUAGCGCUUUGGAUGUUCAAAAAGAUUGAUACRAUGACUCUUGUAUUGCUUGCCUCGCCGGAGGUAUUGGUCUUAUACAUGUCAUACUUUUCUGUUCAUCUCAUGGAUUUCAUUCAUUCGCGUAACUGYGUUCUGUAUCGCGAAAACAAAAUUAUCGAGCAACCUUACAUUGUYAACAACAUGACWCUACGUUUUACAAAAGAAACUGUGCAGUUGAUGAAGGUCUUUUCCAAGAGGAAACAUCCAUUUUUUAUCAUGCAAAGCUACCUAAAUAUGCACAAACCAUGGUACCUAUCUCAUCCUUUUUCAAACUGCAGUAAAGAUGUAUUCUCUUGUUCUUUACAAGAGCUUGACUGGAGCAUUGGGAAGAUCCUAAAAACAAUUGAAGACUUAMAUUUAGAAAAUGAUACAAUGGUAAUUUUCACAUCUACUGGUGGGUCUUGUUUAGAGGGCCAUGUUUUSGAUUGUCAGAGAGGAUAUGGUCACAUGGCCAGUGAUGAUGGGCAAGUCAAACCAUUAARAGGAGGAGGAUUGACUAAUAUCUGGGAGGGCGAUAUUCGCGUUCCUACAAUAAUACAAUGGAAAAAUGCUAUUCAGCCAGGAAGAACAAUAAACUUUACAACAAGUUGUAUGGAUAUCUUACCAACACUAGUAGAACUAACCAAUCAGGUGACUAUUAAUAACUUUGACGGCAAAUCACUGCUCAAGAUACUAUUUAAUACAAGUAUUGGACCUCAACAUGGCUUGUURUUUCAUUACACUGAUAUCUUUAGACCUGCUGCUGUUUCAUAUGGCAGAUAUAAGUUGGUUCUUAUUACACAAUCAGAGGAUGAAUCAACCACCUAUCAUGAUCCGCCAAUUUUAUUUGAUAUUGAAAGCGACCCAUCAGAGACCACGYCCAUUCCUAUUGAUCACUUCCCUGAUGAUUUACUGUCGACAGUCACAGCYUUGAUUGACGASCAUUUAACAAACAGAAGUGAUAAAGGGGUUUCUGAAUUUGACAAUCCUUUUCUUCCCUUCUAUUUUCCGUGUGUUAAUGCCCCAGUAUGUUAUCAAAGGAAAAUGGAAGAAGAUGACUUUAGAGAACUUUUUAAUAAUACUAUUUAAGGAUUAAUCACAUCAUUUCCUUUACCAAUCUAAUA